GAGGCUUUCAUUUUCCACCAUUCAAUGUAAGAUAAUAUAUAUAAACCAUAAGUAUAUACUAUAUACUAAAUAUAACACAAUAAAAUAAUCUUCCCUUUGUUGAAAAUCUACUUGAAAAUAAAAAUAAAAAUGGCUUUGAGAAUGUGGGCUUCUUCAACAGCCAAUGCACUUAAAGUCUCUUCUACUGUUUCAAGAACCAAUUUUUCACCAGCUUUUUCAAUCUCCAGAUGUUUUUCUACAGUUCUUGAAGGGCUGAAGUAUGCAUCAUCACAUGAAUGGGUAAAGCCUGAGGGCUCAAUGGCUACAGUUGGAAUCACUGAUCAUGCUCAGGAUCAUUUGGGAGAAGUGGUGUUCGUGGAUCUACCCGAAGCUGGUACUUCUGUUUCACAUGGAAGUAGCUUUGGAGCUGUUGAGAGUGUGAAAGCCACCAGUGAUAUUAACUCUCCGAUCUCAGGCGAGAUCGUUGAGGUCAACACAAAGCUUACUGAAACACCUGGUUUGGUCAACUCGAGCCCAUAUGAAGACGGGUGGAUGAUUAAAGUGAAGCCAAGCAAUCCAUCAGAACUCGAAUCUUUAAUGGGGGCGAAAGAGUACACAAAAUUAUGCGACGAAGAGGAAGUUCAUUAGAACUUUAAAUUAACUUUUGAAUUCAUCUUAGACUAACUUUUACCUGGUUAAUGUUUGAUAUUGUGAUCAAACUUCUUGUCAAUUGUUUCAAAUUCUACAAGCAUAAAAAAUUGUUACAAAUGCAGAACUUUUGAAGGUUCCGA